GCAUGGCGUCCAUGGCGGCGGCGAUCGCGGCCUCGCGCUCGGCCGUCAUGAGCGGGAACCGGCCUCUGGAUGACCGGGAGCGGAAGCGCUUCACCUAUUUCUCGUCGCUGAGCCCCAUGGCCAGGAAGAUCAUGCAGGACAAGGAGAAGAUCCGCGAGAAGUACGGGCCCGAGUGGGCGCGGCUGCCGCCCGCCCAGCAGGACGAGAUCAUCGACCGGUGCCUGGUGGGGCCGAGCGCCCCGGCGCCCCGCGACUCCGGGGAUUCCGGGGACUCCGAGGAGCUCGCGCGCUUCCCCGGCUUGCGCGGGCCCACGGGCCAGAAGGUGGUGCGCUUCGGGGACGAGGACAUAACUUGGCAAGAUGAGCACUCUGCCCCUUUCUCCUGGGAAACAAGGAGUCAGAUGGAGUUCAGCAUCUCCUCCUUAUCCAUCCAAGAGCCGAGCUGCGGCACUGCCGCCAGCGAGCCGAGGCAACUGUCCAAAGCUUCUCAGGGCUCACAGGCCCUCCGAUCUUCCCAGGGCAGCAAGUCCUCCAGCCUGGAUGCCCUGGGUCCUGCCCGGAAGGAAGAGGAAGCAUCCUUUUGGAAGAUCAAUGCAGAGCGGUCUCGGGGGGAGGGGCCCGAGGCUGAGUUCCAGUCACUGACCCCCAGCCAGAUCAAGUCCAUGGAGAAAGGCGAAAAGGUCUUGCCUGCCUCUUAUUGGCAGGACCCCGCCCUGAAGGACAGGGAGGUCAAGGCAGAAAGGCCCAACAACCUCCGCCAGGAGCAGCGUGUCCUUUCCAGUGUCAGUGUUGAGCGUGAGAGACCCCAGCCCGUCCAGGCCUGCACCAGCACGUUGAACGAAGCCACCCCCUCCGAGCCCGUGGGGAAACUGCCCUCUCUCAAGGCCAGGCAGGAAGAUAUGGAGGAUGUGGAGGAUGCUCUGUUCUCGGAACCCAUGCCCGCACAGGUCAGCUCAAGUAAUGUCAUCUUGAAGACGGGAUUUGAUUUUCUGGACAAUUGGUAAAAUGUGUUAGACAAAAAAAAUGAAACCAAGAACCCCAAAAUGCUUUCCAAAGUGGUGUGGCGGAGGAGGAUGAAAAAGGGCAGCAUUCCCUUGUAUCUUUUCCUGGUUUCCCUAUACUCUUUUCUUAAUCAUUUGGAAACUGAUAAAUAUUUUCUUGUCCAGAUUUCCAGAUUUUUCCCUUUUUGGUAAGACCAGAUAUCUAUGCUAUUUUCCAUGAUUUAAUAACAGAAGUUUUGCAUUUGGAAUUUUUAAAGACUAUUAGGAAUUCAGUAAAUCUUGUAGAUAAAACUUCUGUUCCAGCUCCACCCAAUUUUCCCCCUUCUCAGAGAAAGAGUUUUCUCGGCCAUGUCACAAAAAUCAUAAAAGUGGUUUCCAUCUUUCUCCUUUAUCCCCUCCCUUUUUUAAAUGUAUGGAGUUACCUUUCGUGGGUGACUGUUGGUGAUGUCCUCAGCAAUAAUGACAUCAGUACACCGGCUGUGACCACGGAAAGAUUUGCCCCCCACGAAUUCUUGCCCAAUGCUCCCCGCUGUCUAGGGCUUCCCUUGCUGAAGCCACGUUUCUCACAUCAUGUGCCGCCCUCCACCCUCGUGUCAUUUCCAGGAAACUGACUGUUGGCACCUGGCAGAGGUCAUCUUUAAGCUGCCCUGAUACUACUCAAACUAUUCACCAUUGUUUAAGAAGAGUUGCAUGUUUAAAAGUUUUGUAUUAACUUUUCAUUAUUUUGUAUCUAGAUUUAGCGAUUGUAGGGCCACCACUUUUCUUGGGUUUGUACCGAUUUCCUUUUGGAAGUUCACUGUUACUUACCUGGCGGGUUGGGUGUUCCCCGUCCUGCAGGGGUAAGGGCAGAUGGCAGGUGUUGCUGGAGGACAGGGCUCUUCUGAUUAGUUGUGUUAGAACCUUCCAGUGUGGGACUGGCAGGGGCAGUGGACGUCCCUCUUCUGGAGGACUGGUCAGACUGUGUCACGAUGGACCCUCCCCCAACCCUGACCAUCAGCAGGAGUGGAAGAGUGGAGUCUCUGCAUCGCCCCAGCAGCGCCUCCUGGAGACUGUUGUGAUCAUAGCAACAGCGUCUCCUGGAGCUGGACUUGGCUGCCCACGGCUUCUCCGGUGGAGGCAGCCCUGAGGCUGCCCAGGGGAGGGAGGUGGCCUGUGCCCCAGUCGGGGUGGCGCGUGGCAGAGUGAGGAGGAGUGUGGGCCUUACCCUGGGAAGCGUGUGCCCUGACCACUGGCCCCUGAGCUGCGUGAGCCUGCAGGACGUGCCCAAACGUGAUCUACACAUUGCCUCUCACUGUGUUCUCCUCACCUGAAGCCUUAAUCCCUGUGAGUCCUGCCUGUGAGCGCCUGGUUUCAACAUCAAAGUGUGUCUUUUUUAAAAUGUCUCUCGGUUUCACAGGACCUUCUGAAAUGAUUUCCAGAAUAUUUUAUCUGCCUCCAAGGUAAAGCACACGACAACUUUUUUCCAGGAAAGUUUCUGCCGGCGCUGUGGCCUAGCCCACUUUGGGUUUGGUUUCUGCCGAUUAUGUUAUGUCCCCAAGCUUCAUUUGGCCCCUUGCAGUCUUGGAUUUGACCUUCCUCCUUAAGGUUACUGAUUGUAUCGUGGCAAAUACAGGUUCUUUCUAUACCAUUUAAGUACAGUUGAAACAUGCAAGGGAAAAAAGGCUUCUAGCAUGGUGGUGAGAGGAAAGGAGCCUAGAAAUCCCAGCUGGAACAGCACGGCAGGGUGCCAGCGCCUCCCAUCAGCCACUGAGCCUCAGAGCUGAUCUUACCACCUGCCUCCACUGCUGGCCUCAAGGGCAGUGGGCUGUUUUAGAACCCAUGCUUGAAAGCAGGGUCCCUUAAAAAAAAGAGAAAGAUGUGCAGACGUGAGUUUGUAUUCCUUAGUGUUGGUAUAGCAGGAAGGAAGGAUCUAUGGCCUGGGACAUUUAGCCCAAGGUGAUCUCUCUGUUCUUUAGGGAUGAUUCUAAUUUCUUUCCCACUUUCUCAUAAAGCCCAAUAACCCCUUCAAGUUCUUCUGGGAGCUGAGAGGAUAUGGGGGUUGUUGAAAGCUUUUGCCUCCUUUAGUACUAUGUGGGGUCCAGUACCCAGCAUUGUUUAUUAUCUUUUAUAACAGCGUUUAAAGUUUCACAUGGUACAGCCUCCUGAGAUUAAAUGUAAGAUCAAGACUUGGCAAAUCCUGGAGGGAGUCCUAAAGUCAUGUUGCCUUGCUCUGCUUUCGGAACUGAAGGAGUGUGAGAGGGAGAAGCGAAGGCCUGGAGGAUGCAUGCUUGUGUGUCUCCAUCCUGCCUGACCUGCAGAGCCUCUUAUAACCCUGGGCAGUCUACGCAAAGAUGGGUCCUUUCCCAGCUCCUGGGAAUCUAUGUUUGGUGUGUCCACAUAAGCAGAAACUAAGUUCUGAUGUUUGCCACCUUUUUUCCCCCAUGUAUCAGGAUGGAGUUUCUAAAACCAGAAGUUUGUAUUUGUGAUUUUUUUUGUGUGUGUGUGAGGAAGAUCAGCCCUGAGCUAACAUCUGCCAAUCCUCCUCUUUUUGCUGAGAAAGACUGGCCCUGGGCUAACAUCUGUGCCCAUCUUCCUCCACUUUAUAUGGGACGCCGCCACAGCAUGGCCUGACAAGCGGUGCGUCAGUGCUCGCCCGGGAUCCGAACCGGUGAACCCCGGGCCGCCACAGCGGAGCGCGCGCACUUAACCACUUGCGCCACUGGGCCGGCCCCGUAUUUAUGAUUUUUAAAAUGCACACUUUUUAGCUGAAGCCUGUAUGUGGUUUUGGAUCCCCACCCUCUCCUCUGCAUCUGGGAUUCAGCUCAAGGAUUCAGUCUUGCUGUGGGUGACUGUAUUUUGUAAAAUCUUUCCCAAGCAGUCAGAAACCAGUCUCAGUUCUUUCGCCUGGGGAUCCCUUCCCCCGCCCUCUGGGUUUGGGAGUGCUGCCUACUUUGGGCAUAGCAGGGCUUUGUCACAGCCCGUGCUGCACCCCACGUGGAUGUCAGGGCGGCCUCCCCUUCUUUGCGCCUCCCUUUCUUUCAUACACGUUUUCAAAAAGGAAAAUUCUUACCGACUACUUGUAACUUGGUUGUAUUUUAUAUUAAUAGCCUUUAAUAAAGCCAUUUAAAAUAUGCUA